CCGCACUGGGAGGAAAAGCGCUGGACGCGCGUUGGAAAGGGGCAGUGCCUUAAAACAAGCCAGAGCUAGAGAGGCGGGCGCUGCGCGUGCGCAGAGGUGUAGUCGGGGGAAGGUGUGCUGAGGCUGGAGGUGAAGGCUCUGCGGCGGUGAGUAUUGUCUUAAACGACCUCACACCCUUGGCCACUGAUUGUGGACCAAGAUGGACCAGUCAAAGUCCUUACCCAGAAUUUUUUGAACUGAAACUGAGAAAGAAAAUCCCUCUCCAGUGUGGAAGCCAUAAAAUGUAAAACACAGGAGCUGUCAGCAGCCAAGUGUCCUACCAUAUGGAACCAGCUGGUCUGCAGUGAAAAAGAAGCCAACAUGCAAAAAGCAGCAGAGAACCAUGUGUGCUCACUACUGCAUCUCCUUUGCUGAUGUUGAAAAAGCUCACAUCAACAUUCGAGAUUACAUCCAUCUCACACCAGUGCUAACAAGCUCUAUUUUGAAUCAAGUAGCAGGACGCAAUCUUUUCUUCAAAUGUGAAGUCUUCCAGAAAACUGGAUCUUUUAAGAUUCGUGGGGCACUUAAUGCCAUCAGAGGCUUAAUUCCUGCCACCUUAGAAGGGAAGCCCAAAGCUGUUGUUACUCACAGCAGUGGAAAUCAUGGCCAGGCUCUCACUUACGCUGCUAAACUGGAAGGGAUUCCUGCUUAUAUUGUGGUACCCCACACAGCUCCCAACUGUAAAAAACUGGCAAUACAAGCCUAUGGAGCCUCUAUAGUUUACAGUGAACCGAGCGACGAGUCCAGAGAAAAGGUUACAAAAAAAAUUUUGGAAGAAACAGAAGGCAUCAUGGUACAUCCCAACCAGGAGCCUGCGGUGAUAGCUGGGCAAGGCACAAUUGCCUUAGAAGUGCUGAGUCAGGUUCCCUUGGUGGAUGCACUAGUGGUUCCUGUAGGGGGAGGAGGAAUGGUUGCUGGAAUAGCAAUUACUGUUAAGGCUCUGAAACCUAGCGUGAAGGUAUAUGCUGCUGAACCCUUGAAUGCAGAUGAUUGCUACAAGUCCAAACUGAAAGGGGAGCUGACCCCCAAUCCUUAUCCUCCAGAAACUAUAGCAGAUGGUGUCAAAUCCAGCAUUGGCUUAAACACCUGGCCUAUUAUAAGGGACCUUGUGGAUGAUGUCUUCACUGUCACAGAGGAUGAAAUCAAGUAUGCAACCCAACUGGUUUGGGAAAGGAUGAAACUACUCAUUGAACCUACAGCUGGUGUUGGAGUGGCUGCUGUGCUGUCUCGGAAUUUUCAAGCAGUUUCUCCAGAAGUAAAGAACAUUUGUAUUGUUCUCAGUGGUGGAAAUGUAGACUUAACCUCCUUAAGUUGGGUGAAGCACGCUGAAAGGCCAGCUCCUUAUCAGUCUGUUUCUGUUUAAUUUAUAUAAAAGAAAGAGAUGGGCUUCAGUGUCUCUCUAGA